AUGGCUGAAAGUUCAAAGCUAAAUGACAACCACAUACUAGAUUGCUUACACAACUGCAUAGUGUGCCAAAAAGCUCUUAGCGAUACCAGCAAUCUCAAGAGAUGCAUGCGAAUCAAUACCAAUGAACAACUCUGCAGUUCCAACUCCAUAUGCCAACAAAAAACUUUUGAUAGGAAUAUCAAUCGUACAGCCCACAAACUCAUCCACUUAAGUGGCUGCUCUGUGGACAAAGAAUCAUUUGACUCGUCGAUUGACCUUAUGCAGCACACGCCAACCCACAACAAUAUGCAUCUAUAUCAUAGCCCUGAAUGUUCAAAUGCAUUCAGGGAAAAUGGCGAUUUCACGAGUCAUGUAUGCAUCGAUAUGGGCAAUAAGCCCUUCCAAUGCACCUUGUGCCACUGGAAUUUCAGUGAGAACGGAAGUCUUACAAGACACAUGCGCACCCACACGGGUGAGCAACCUUACAAAUGCUCCCAUUGCUCAAAAGCGUUUUCUCACAGCAACAAUUUAAAGGAGCACAUACGAACCCACACGGGUGAACGACCUUACAAGUGCUCCGAUUGCUCAAAAGCUUUCUCUCAGAGCAGCAGCUUGAGAGAGCACAUGCGCAUUCACACGGGUGAACGACCUUACAAAUGCUCCCAUUGCUCAAAAGCUUUUUCUUACAGCAACAAUUUAAAGGAGCACAUACGAACCCACACGGGUGAACGACCUUACAAGUGCUCCGAUUGCUCAAAAGCUUUCUCUCAGAGCAGCAGCUUGAGAGAGCACAUGCGCAUUCACACGGGUGAACGACCUUACAAAUGCUCCAAUUGCUCAAAAACUUUCUCUCAGAGCACCAGCUUGAGAGAGCACAUGCGCACCCACACGGGUGAGCGACCUUACAAAUGCUCCAAUUGCUCUAAAGCUUUCUCUAACAGCAGUAACUUGAAGGUGCAUGCGCGCACCCACACGGAUGAGCGACCUUACAAAUGCUCCGAUUGCUCAAAAGAUUUCUCUCAUAGCAGAUGCUUGAAAGAGCACAUACGUACCCACACAGCUUUUUUUCAGAAGAACGACUUGAAGGUGCAUGCGCGCAUCCAUACCGGUGAGCGACUUUAUAAGUGCCUUAUUUGCCAUAAGGAUUUCACUCGAUCGAGCGAUUUUUCUUCUCAUAAGCGUAUUCAUACUGGCGAGCGACCUUAUAGUUGCUCCGUGUGCCAAAAGAGCUUCAUUCAAUCGAGCCAUCUCAUUGCGCACAUGCGUCGAGAAGCCAUUUUGGAGACGUCUAGCCAGAGCACAGCCUGCUCUAACACUUCAGGAUUUUUGACCGUUAUUCAAAUCGAUCUGGUGCUACCAGAACAGAUUUGGCUACAACAGCAAGUCAAGAAAAACAACCUGGAGAAGUUCAGGAAGCCACAUCAACUGGAAACUUCAUUGGCCUUCCUCCUCAGUGGUUCGUCCCAACAGCAUACUUAUAGAGGAGGUAUAUUCUCCAGGCUCACUUCCCCAACCAACGGUGAACGGUGUGAACAAUUGUUGAAGAUCGAUAGCAUUGCAGGUAAUGAAUUGAUCAUGGAGUACCUCAACAAGGUCACACAACGUAGUGAAGACAGAUAA